AAGAUCUAAAAUCUAAAACAAAACAAGACAUCGACUGCACAACGCUCUAGUCUAUCCGUUAAGGAGAGCAGCACGCCCAUUGCAUACGUUUCCCGUUGCUGCCGAAGAUGCGCCUGGCCUACGUGCUGAUACUCUGCCUGUGCUGGGACUGCGCUCGGGGCCAGCUGUUGGUGGAUCUGGUGCGCGAUUUCGAGACAUCGCUGCUGAACACACGCAUUCCGGACACCACGGCCUUCCGGCCGGAGUAUGACUUCAUCAUUGUGGGCGCCGGGUCGGCGGGCUGUGUGCUGGCCAAUCGACUGAGCGAGAUUAGGACGGCGAGUGUGCUGCUCCUGGAGGCGGGCGACCAGGAGACCUUCAUCAGCGACGUGCCCCUGACGGCGGCCCUCACCCAGACCACGCGCUACAACUGGGGCUACAAGGCGGACGCCACGCCCAACGCCUGCCGGGGUCUGCGCAACGGCGUCUGCAACUGGCCCAAGGGACGCGGCAUCGGAGGCACCAGUCUGAUCAACUUUAUGCUGUAUACGCGCGGCCACCGCCGGGACUACGACGGCUGGGCGGCCGCGAAUAACACGGGCUGGUCGUACGAGGAGGUGUUGCCGUACUUUAAGAAGUCCGAGCGCAUCGGCAUCCCCGACCUGUACAAGUCGCCCUACCACGGGCGCAACGGGCCGUUGGAUGUGCAGUACACGGACUAUCAGUCCCGCCAGCUGAAGGCCUUCCUCAAGUCGGGCCGCGAGCUGGGCUACGAUAUAACCGAUACCAAUGGCGAGAAGCUGCUGGGCUUUGCCAGAGCCCAGGCGACCAUCCGCAACGGCCGGCGCUGCAGCACCAGCAAAGCCUUCAUCCAACCCGUGGUGCAGCGGCGCAAUCUGCACAUCUCGAUGAAGAGCUGGGUCACCAAGCUGCUCAUCGAUCCGGAUACCAAGAUGGCCGUGGGCGUGGAGUUUACCAAGCACCGCCAGCGAUAUGUGGUGCGCGCCAGCAAGGAGGUCAUCCUCUCUGCAGGCGCCAUAGCCAGUCCGCAGCUGCUGCUGCUGUCCGGCGUGGGGCCACGUGCGCACCUGGAGGAGCACAACAUACCGGUGCUGCAGGACCUGCCAGUGGGCUACAAUCUGCAGGAUCACAUCACACUCAAUGGCCUGGUGUUCAUGGUGAACGAUUCCACAGUCAACGAUGCACGGCUCCUCAAUCCCACGGACAUCUUUCGCUACAUCUUCUCCGGCCAGGGUCCCUACACGAUUCCUGGCGGCGCCGAAGCCUUCGCCUUUGUGCGCACGCCUAGCUCCAGCUUUGCCAAGGACUAUGCGGAUAUGGAGCUCGUCCUGGGCGCUGGCUCGCUCAGCGGCGAUCGCUUUGGCACCCUGCGCGAUUUGCUGGGCAUCACGGAUGAGUUCUAUGAGAAAAUGUACUCCGACAUGCAGAACAAGGAGACCUUCGGCCUGGUGCCUGUUCUGCUGCGCCCCAAGAGCACUGGACGCAUCUCCCUGCGCAGCCGCAAUCCCUUCCACUGGCCGCGCAUGGAGCCGAACUUUAUGCAGCAUCCGGAUGAUGUGCGCGCCAUGAUCGAGGGCAUCGAAAUGAUCCUGAAGAUAGUGCGCACCAAGUCCAUGCAGAAGAUGGGAACGCGAUUCCAUGCGCGUCCCUUUCCGGGCUGUGAGCAUCUGAUCUUCGCCAGCAACGACUACUGGCGCUGCUGCCUGCGGCUGUACGGCUCCAGCUUGCAGCAUCAGUCGGGCACCUGCAAGAUGGGGCCGUCCACGGAUGCCACGGCUGUCGUGGACCCGGAGCUGCGAGUCCAUGGGAUUCGGCACCUGCGCGUGGUAGAUGCAUCCAUUAUGCCGCACGUGCCGGCGGGCCACACGAACGCAAUUGUUAUCAUGAUUGCCGAGAAGGCGGCCGACAUGAUCAAGAAUGCGUGGCGCAUGAAAAUCGUGCCGCCUCAAUGAUGAACGAAGUCUGUUCCAGUAAUUUAUAUUUAUUGCUUAGCUUUCGUAGGAUGGGAUGGUGAAAUGGUAUUUUAUGUGAUAGGUUGUUGUUAUCUUAAGUACUCAGUCAGCCAAUUGAUUUGGCCACAUUUAACGAAAUUCCAAAAUCGAUUUAUAUUACGAUUUAAUUUAAUAGAAAUUCAACUAUUCAAAAUUCGC